AUGAUUUCAGAAUCCUUCAUAGCGGCGACGCUGUCAUCCGCUAAAACUCCGACCGCCACUCUGCGCGAUGUCGGCAUUUGCGUGCAUGAAUUCCAGCCUGCGCCUCAGCUAAGAUCCACUUUCAAGAAGAGCUCAACCACACCCAAUUGCUUGGCUGUGAGUCCGUCGCAUAUUUUCUCGGCACAGGCUGAUAAGGCCGUCGUUCAUGUGUACAGUCGGGAAAAGGGAAAUCAGGAGGCUUUGAUACCAUUUCCAGAGCGGAUCCGCAGCAUUGCUGUUGUCGGAGCCAAACAUGGUGAUGUGCUAGUCCUUGGCACGGAGGGAGGUCGUUUGAUUCUUUGGGAGACAUGCACAGGACGUCAAGUAGCCACCACGGCCUCUCACCUGCAGCCGGUCACCUCGCUUGUCGUCGACCCCACCUCCAACUUCAUUCUGUCGGGCUCCGCUGAUGCCAGCAUACACGUCUGGUCUUUACCUGGUAUCCUAUCUUUCUCCAAGCCCGCUCAAAGCCAAAACCGACAGCCACCAAACUCUCCCAUUCGGACCUUCUCCAACCACCGUGCCGCUAUUACAUCUCUGGCUGUCGGACAUAGCAAUGGGCGGAACAACAUUGCGGUUUCGACAGCGAAAGAUAAUACCGCUAUUGUGUGGGACUAUAACACUGGAAACGUUUUGCGAACAUACCUCCUCCCAUACUCGGCGACUUGUCUAGCUCUGGAUCCUGUGGAUCGAGCUGGCUACGUUGGAUACGAGGAUGGUAGCGUACAAUCAAUCGACUUCUACCGCAACGGCUCAGUACAGAAUCCCCUCCAUGACUCCUCCUUACAAUCCACCCCCGCCCAAGUGUCUGCCGAAGACCGAUGGCUUCCUCCAUCUGCGGAAUCUGGUGCUACUCGGGCCCUCAUUCUUUCGUACGAUGGUACUACACUGUUGUCUGCACACGACGGCGGCAAGGUUCUAUCAUGGAAUAUCGCGCGCAGAAAGUUCGCGACCACUGUUGCUGACUACACACACCCUGUGACCAAUCUGGUCUCCCUUCCCCUACAUGGCCUGUCAAACUCCUCACAGGAGCCGAUUCGCACCCUUCACACCAUCGUCAAGCCCCGUCAUGACGGUGCGCUCUCGGGCCCUUCUCAUGCUCCUGGUGCUGUUCCAACAGCAUAUGCUUUCCACACCCACCUGACCGCCCCCUCACAUCUCCGAUCCCGCCAGUCCUCCCAGUUCUCGCAAGCCCUCACCCAUUCUGCCUUUCCCAACUCCAUGAUUGAGGAGGGUCUCGCUGAGCUGGCUGCCCUCCGACAACCGGGCGCUGAAGUUGCCCGUGUCACUUCUACAGCCUCGGUGGUUCCUGACACCUCAGUUGACGCCCAAGACAGUCGCGUUGCCGAGCUGGAGGCCGAAAUUGCUUUGCUGAAGAAAAAAGACGCAGUCAAUGACAAGACUCGGCACACUACCACAGAAGAGGUUGUGAAGCUGCGCUCGGACCUCGCCCACCUGCAAGAUUACAUCAACGAGAUGCAUGAAAAGCAGGAGGCAUCUCAGCGUGACAAGGUGCAGCGGCAAGCAAGGAAGGAAGCUCGUGAAACCAAAAAACGGGAAGCAUGGUUCGCUGCCGAAGGAAAAGGGCGCAAUGGUGAUGCAGUGAUGAAGAAGAUGGAAGUUGAUGACGGCAUGUUGACCAGCGACACGGAUGAUCAGAGCGACGAGUAG